AUGGCUGGAAAGCGGCAUGCAGUCCUGCUCACAGUUGUUUCUUCUGCAAUUGUGAUGGCACGACCCUUCGACUCCCGAAUCUGGGUGCACCCCUUCAUUCCUGCCCCAGAGACACCCAAGCGGGUAGCCGUUCGAGGAGCCCGGGUCUGCUCGAGGGACAAGGGCCUGCCAGCAGCCUUCUUUCAGAACCUUCAGGUUCCAAAGGCAGGUUCUGAGAAGAUGCUGCCUUAUUUCCAUGUUUCUGCCUGCACCUCCCCCUUUCAUGGCAGCUGGAUCGGCAGACUUCCCCGCAGAUCCCUUUUCGGAGGCUGGGGUGGCCUUCGCGGCAGCGACGGGAGUGCCCUACCAGGGAUCGUCAAGUUAACCCUCGACGAUGAUCCCCUUCAGGAUUCCCACCGAGCCGGCCAUUUCGCAGCAGAAGGGCUCCGCCAAUCAGAAGGAGACCAAAGACCACACAGCCAAGGAAGGUCCGACACCAUGGGGCAGGGAGCAGCCAGCUAUGCCCCCGGCAGAGCCCAAGCCAUGCACCGAGCGUGCUUCGAAUUCAGAAUGGUCAAUGUCCAAAUCAUGUCUUUCGACUGCAGUUUGACUGUCAGGAAAGGGCCGGAAGAUGAAGUGCAUUCGUCCAUGUCCAAACAUCCUGCUGGUCCUGCGGAGCGCGCAAGCCCCCAGAAAUCCACUGCGAGUGGCCUGCAAAGUACGGUGCAAUCGUCCAAAGAUCCUGGUUGUGUAGAGGAUCACGCAAGCCACCAGACAGCAAGCAUUUGGGCUUUUUGCCUUUGUUCGUCAGUUUGCGGCGGCAUUGCUGCAUGGUGUGUGCAGCGCAUGUUCCAACGAUACCAAGUCGAUCUGGCUCAGUUUAGACAGAUCGAUGUCUUCCUCAUUGGUACCGGUCUUGCCUUUGCUGCUUUCGGAUGGCUGGAUGACCGUUGCACAUCUCCAGACUAUCUUCUGCAUGUGAUCCAGCAGGGCAUGGCCGCAGGAGCCGGAGGCUUUUAUUUCAUGGCCAAUCAGCUUCGACAGCGGCCACGACAGGCGUAA